AUGGCCAGGCUGGCGCAGCUGCAGCAGCGGGCGGCCCUCCUAGCGCAUCAGUUCUACUUCCGAAACAGUGUUGUGGAUGUAUUUAGAAAAAAAGAAAAUGAUGCAGCAGUUACAAUCCAGAGCUGGUAUCGAGGAUGUAAAGUUCGGACGUAUAUCAGGUAUUUACACAGAGUUGCAACAGUUAUUCAGAAAUGGUGGAGAAGUUACUUAGGAAAGAAAUGUUAUCAACGCAAGAUAAAGUUAGCAUAUCAUGAUAUGAAGAUGAAUAUCUACAAUGCAAUGGCUGUCAGGAUUCAGAAGCAAUGGCGAGGCUAUAAGAUUCGGAAAUACUGCUUCAAUUAUUAUUGUUUUAAGGCAUAUCUGAGGGCUAUAUCUGAGACCAAUGAUGCAGUUAGGGAGGCCCUGGACGAGUUUGCAGAGAUGAAAGAGAGAGAAGAGAAGAAGGCCGACCUCGAGAGGGAGGAGAGGAAGAGAGAUUACGAAGCCAGAAAGAUGCAUUACCUCCUCAGCACAAAGCAGAUCCCAGGCAUAUACAACUCGCCCUUCAGAAUUAAUCCCGACCCGUGGGAACUGCGACUACAGAACGCAAAGCCUUUAACGCCUCCACGGCCCAAAGCCAGGCGGAAGCGGGUCCACCACCUGGAGAGCUGGCUGGCCUGCACCAGUACCCGGUCCUUCCCUCGCUCCCACAUCCUGCCGCCCAUCAACCGGAAGCAGUGCCAGGGGCCCUUCCGUGACAUCAGUGAAGUACUGGCACAGCGCUACAAGCCUUUGGAACCAACGUUGCGGGUGGCAGAACCCAUCACGUCGUUAAAAGAGGCCAGAAGUGAAUUCAAAAGAUGGGACUCGGCAAAAAAUGUUCAAGAGAACAUGUUUUUGCCAUUCUCUUCCUACCAUAAGAAUAGAAAGUACGUUCCAUCAAUGCAUUUAUCAAGCAAGUAUGGUUCCAGUCACCGUUUCAGAGAUGAAAAUCCUGCAAAGUGGAUUGGUGGCAAGGAUUUCCAAACUAUAUUACCAUCAUUCGGUCUCUUCUCCAAGUACGGAAAGUCAUAUUCAAAAGCUGGACAGAUUUUAUAA